CAAAAGGAAGUGCCGUGCAAAAACUUGUAAUAAUUGGUCAUGUAAACCUUUUCUUGAAGCUAUCUGAGAAAUAUGGCAAAGUGUUUAGCAUCAAGCUCGGACCCACAACUACAGUGGUGCUGACUGGCUGCGAAGCAGUGAAGGAUGCCCUCGUGAACAAUGCAGAUGAAUUUGGAGAAAGAGCACACAUCCCAAUAUUUGAAGCACAUUCAAAAGGACAUGGUAUUGUUUUUGGUCAUGGGGAGUCAUGGAAGCAAAUGCGAAGAUUUGCUCUCACCACUUUACGAGAUUUUGGAAUGGGUAAAAAAACCAUUGAAAACAAAAUAAUCAAGGAAUCAGAUUUUCUGGUAGAAAUGAUUGAUUCUUAUGAAGGACAACCAUUUAAUCCAACUUUCCAAGUGAACUCUGCUGCAGCCAAUAUAAUUUGCUCUAUAGUUUUUGGUGACAGAUUUGAUUAUGAAGAUGAAGGGUUUGUCAGUGUACUAAAGAGAAUGAAUGAAAAUGUUCAACUUCUUGGUUCACCUAUCAUUCACCUGUACAAUGUAUUUCCCCUCCUGAGAUACCUUCCAGGGCCACACAAUAAAGUUUUGAUCAAUGCAGAGAAGAACGUUAACUGCCUCAAAGGAUUUUUCAAAGAAAAUCUUCAGAAACUAGAUGAAAGUGACCUGAGGAGUUUUGUUGAUGUAUUCAUGGUCAGACAACAGAAGGAAUCAGACUUCCAUCAAGACAACUUAACGUACACGACAGUGCACCUGUUUGCUGCAGGGAUGGAGACCACCUCAACCACACUUCAUUGGGGAAUGCUUCUGAUGAUGAAAUAUCCAGAGAUCCAGAAAAAGGUUCAUGAGGAAAUUAUCAGAGUUAUUGGAUCGGAAUGACCUCCCAGAGUUGAAGAUCGGAAAGAUUUGCCUUACACUAAUGCAGUGAUCCAUGAAAUCCAGAGGUUUAGUGACAUUGCACCAAUGAGCGUAACACAUGAAACAACAGUGGAUGUAAAUUUCAGAGGAUACUUCAUUCCAAAGGGAACCCAAGUAAUUCCAGUGCUGACCACUGUGCUGUAUGAUAAAACCCCAUGGGAGAAACCUGAUGAGUUCAACCCAUCUCACUUUCUGAAUGCUGAGGGCAAGUUUGUGAAGAGAGAUGCCUUCAUGCCAUUUUCUGCAGGAUUGUAUUUACUGCUUUUCAGUCUGAUGGAACGUUUCCAGAAUCUAGGGAACUUCGGAAAAUGAACACUAAUGCAUCUACUACCUCAUUAGCCACCUCUCUCAAGAC